AUGAGAGCAUUAUUUUACUAUAAAAUCGACACAAAAAGUUACAUAAUGGCCGCUUACAGCACGACUGGGAUUCAGAAGACAUCCCAAUUAGAAAGUAAUCAUCAGAAAACAGUUCAAAAAGAAACCAAACGGGAAGCGGAUGGUAUGAGAGUAUCCAAUCCCACCAAAUGCGUCGAAAUCCUAUUUGAUUGCUUUGAAGAGGUAAACUGCAGCACGAAUCCUUCAACAGGCCAGAACGCGGAAAUUCAACCAAGCACAGUCAAUUACAACAAGGUCUUCCAAAGCGUUGAAGUUGCGAAGCCAGAGGAGAAUAGUUCCCGUGAUCUACGUCGUAAUAUAAAAGUGCACAUCCUCAAAACUCUCGAGUCGUGUACACAUGAAGUCGCUUGCCCACCAAAUGAACAAUAUUUUCCUUUGCAACCUCGAUACGGCCCACCUCUUAAAGAAUACCCUUUCGCAUUAGAUCCGUUUCAAAAUGAAUCUAUUGUAUGCGUCGAUAACAAUCAGUCAGUUUUGGUGUCGGCUCAUACUUCUGCUGGAAAAACUGUAAUUGCAGAAUAUGCUGUGGCCAAAGCCUUCAAAAAUGAGCAAAAAAUUAUUUACACUACUCCAAUCAAAGCCCUGUCUAACCAAAAGUAUCGCGAAUUUUCUGAACAGUUUGAAGAUGUAGGAUUAGUUACUGGGGAUGUCACAUUAAAUCCUGAAGCUUCAUGUCUUAUCAUGACAACAGAGAUUCUCCGAAGUAUGCUCUACAGAGGCUCUGAAAUAAUGCGUGAAGUAGGUUGGGUGAUAUUCGAUGAAAUCCAUUAUAUGCGUGAUUCAGAAAGAGGAGUUGUAUGGGAAGAGUCAAUUAUAUUACUACCUCACAAUGUGCGGUUUGUUUUUUUGUCCGCUACCAUUCCAAAUGCCAGGCAAUUCGCUGAAUGGAUCGCUUACUUAUACAAACAACCAUGCCAUGUAGUUUAUACUGACUACAGACCUACACCUUUGCAAUAUUACUUAUUUGCUGCAGGUGCGAAUGGUAUACAUAUGGUCGUAGAUGAUAAGGGUGCUUUCCACGAAGAUAAUUUCAGUACUGCAAUGGCUACACUACAAAAUGCUAAUCCUCGUGUGAAGGAUAAGAAAAGAGGACGACAGGGGGGUAAUAUCAAAGACCCCUCUCAAUCUGGAAUUUUCAAAGUUGUAAAAAUGAUAAUGGAGAGAGGUUUUGCUCCUGUUAUAGUUUUCAGCUUUAGCAAGAAAGAUUGUGAAUUGUAUGCUAUGCAACUGACAAAGAUGGAUUUUAAUACACCUGCUGAAAAACGAUGUGUACAAUUAGUUUUUGAUAACGCCAUGGAUGUGCUAUCCGACGAGGAUAAAAAAUUGCCACAAGUCCAAAACAUGCUCCCUCUCUUGCUUAGGGGCAUCGGAAUUCAUCAUGGUGGCUUAUUGCCUAUUUUAAAAGAGAAUAUAGAAAUUCUUUUUGGGGAAGGUUUGAUAAAAGCACUUUUUGCUACAGAAACAUUUGCCAUGGGCUUGAAUAUGCCUGCUAGAACUGUGUUGUUUACUGGCAUCAACAAAUUUGAUGGAAACCAAAGAAGACUCAUAUCAUCAGCAGAAUAUAUCCAAAUGUCAGGAAGAGCCGGAAGAAGAGGUUUGGAUGAUCAAGGUAUAGUAAUCCUGAUGGUUGAUGAGGCUAUUUCUCCAGCAAGUCUCAGAGAUUUAAUGAAAGGCUCUGCGGAUCCAAUAAAUUCUGCCUUUCAUUUGACUUACAAUAUGAUUCUAAAUCUUAUGAGAAUUGAGGAAAUGAAUCCCGAGUUUAUGUUGAAAAGAUCGUUUUAUCAGUUCCAGUACCAGUCACACUUUCCAUCUCUUCAAGAAGACUAUCAGAAAAAGAAAGAUGAAUUUGAUGCUAUUGAGGUCAAAAAUUUGGACCUGGUAACAACUUAUUAUGGCAUAAGAAAGGAACUUGAUCUCCUGUCAAAGGAUUAUAAAGCAUUUAUUAACAAGCCUGAAUAUUUAAUUCCUUUUAUGCAACCAGGAAGGCUUGUGAAGAUUGUUCAUGAAAAUGUGCACUAUAACUGGGGAUUAGUGGUGAAUUUCAAAAAACAUUUUACUGCCAAAAGCACAAUUAUUGAUGGCAGAAUAAUAAGUGAACCUAGUACCACCAUUCAGCUGCGUGUUCUGCUUAUUUUACCUUCUGGAAAUGGAGCAACACUUGAGGUAUUACCUGUAGAAUCCCAAGAUAUAAUUCACCUAUCUGAAGCUCGUGUGCACUGUCCAGAUGAUAUAAAACCGUUGCCCGUCAGGAAAGCUUUGAUGAGGGCAGUGAAAGAGAUAGAAAGACGAUUUCCGGAGGGCCCAUCAAUUUUGGAUCCAGUCGAAUCUAUGGGAAUAAAAGAACCUGAGUUUUUGAUUAUUAUCAAGAAAAUUAAACUUUUGGAAAGCAAGUUAUUUGCUCAUCCCCUACAUAAUAGUAAUGGUAUGUACGCCGACUAUAACAAAUACCAUAAAAAAAUGACUUUGGAAGUGGCUUUACAUGAAGCGGCUGAAAAAAUAGCUGCCAGCAAGAUAUUACAAAAACUUGACGAACUCAAAGCUCGAAAACAAGUAUUGAAGAGGUUGGGUUAUUGUUCGGCUAAGGAUGUUAUUCAAUUGAAAGGCAGAGUUGCAUGUGAAUUAAGCUGCGGGGAUGAAUUGGUAAUCACCGAAGUAUUUUUCAAUGGAAUUUUCAACAGAUUAACUCCCCAGCAAGCUACCGCGUUUCUAAGCUGUUUCGUUUGUGAUGAACGCUCAAAGAAAAAUCCCAAGAUUAGUGAAGAAUUAUCUGGACCUCUACGAGACUUACAGGAAUCUGCGCGACUCAUAGCAAAAGCUAGUUUAGAGUCGGGUUUACCAAUAGACGAAGACGAAUACGUGAAUCAAUUUAAGCCGCACCUUAUGGAAGUAGUACUUUCUUGGUGCAACGGCGCAUCUUUUGCAGAAAUAUGCAACACAUCCGAAAUAUUUGAAGGAUCUAUUGUGAGGUGUAUGAGAAGAUUAGAGGAGUUACUAAGGCAAUUGGUGCAAGCCUCUAAAACUAUUGGUAAUGUAAAGAUGGAAACCAAGUUCACUGAGGCUAUAAAAAUUAUGAAAAGGGAUAUCGUGUUCUCUUCUAGUUUGUAUUUGUAA